GGCGGCGACGGAGGGGGUUUCUCGGCGGGCCUGGCGCUCGGACUCGGGGCCCGGAGCGGCGGGAACCCGCGGACGCUGGGCCGGGAGAACCGACGUGGUCGCGUGACGUGUGGUCGGCUCUCCGGGUGGUCGGGUGUCGACCCCGGCAUCCGGCGGCCGCUGGGGGAGUCGGCGGCGCUCGGCUGGGCCUGGGUCCCGGGUCCGGGGCGCGCGGCCCCGUCAGCUCCCGCUGCGGCCGCCAUGUGGUGCCUGCACUGCAACUCGGAGAGGACCCAGUCCCUGCUGGAGCUGGAGCUUGACAGCGGCGUUGAGGGUGAGGCCCCCAGCAGCGAGACCGGGACAUCCCUGGACAGCCCCUCAGCCUACCACCAGGGCCCCUUGGUGCCCGGUUCCAGCCUGAGCCCGGACCACUACGAGCACACGUCGGGGGGAGCCUAUGGGCUGUACUCGGGGCUGCCAGGGCAGCAGCAGCGCUCGCGGAGGCCCAAGCUGCAGCACUCGACCUCCAUCCUGCGCAAGCAGGCCGAGGAGGAGGCCAUCAAGCGCUCGCGGUCACUCUCCGAGAGCUAUGAGCUCUCCUCGGACCUGCAGGACAAACAGGUGGAGAUGCUAGAACGAAAGUAUGGGGGGCGCCUCGUGACCCGCCACGCGGCCCGCACCAUCCAGACGGCGUUUCGCCAGUACCAGAUGAACAAGAACUUCGAGCGCCUCCGCAGCUCCAUGUCGGAGAACCGCAUGUCACGCCGGAUCGUGCUUUCCAACAUGAGGAUGCAGUUCUCCUUCGAGGGGCCCGAGAAAGUGCGCAGCUCCUACUUCGAGGGGAAGCAGGUCUCAGUGACCAAUGAUGGCUCCCAGCUGGGGGCCCUGGUGCCCUCCGAAUGUGGUGACCUUGGCGAGCCGCCCACCCUCAAGUCUCCGGCCCCCUCCAGUGACUUCACGGAUGCCAUCACAGAACUGGAGGACGCCUUCUCCCGGCAGGUGAAGUCCCUGGCGGAGUCCAUUGACGAUGCCCUCAACUGCCGCAGCCUGCACACCGAGGAGGCACCUGCCCUGGACACGGCACGGGCCCGGGAUGCCGAGCCCAAGCCAGCCCUGCACAGCAUGGACCACCACAAGCUGGACGAGAUGACAGCCUCGUACAGCGAUGUCACCCUGUACAUCGAUGAAGAGGAGCUGUCGCCGCCUCUGCCCCUCUCACAGGCCGGGGACCGGCCAUCUAGCACUGAGUCGGACCUGCGGCUGCGGGCUGGGGGCACUGCCCAGGACUACUGGACCCUAGCCCACAAGGAAGACAAGGCCGACACAGACACGAGCUGCCGGAGCACACCGUCACUAGAGCGGCAGGAGCAGCGGCUACGGGUCGAGCACCUCCCGCUGCUCACCAUUGAGCCACCCAGCGACAGCUCUGUGGACCUCAGCGACCGCUCAGAUCGUGGCUCACUCAAGAGGCACAGUGCCUAUGAGCGGAGCCUCGGCGGGCAGCAGGGCAGCCCCAAGCACGGCCCCCACGCCGGCCCCCCCAAGGGCCUCCCCCGAGAGGAGCCCGAGUUGCGGCCCCGACCCCCCAGGCCCCUCGACAGCCACCUGGCCAUCAACGGCUCAGCCAACCGGCAGAGCAAGUCCGAGUCGGACUACUCAGAUGGGGACAACGACAGCAUCAACAGCACUUCCAACUCCAAUGACACCAUCAACUGCAGCUCUGAGUCGUCAUCCCGUGACAGCCUGCGGGAGCAGACGCUCAGCAAGCAGACCUACCACAAGGAGACCCGCAACAGCUGGGACUCGCCCGCCUUCAGCAACGAUGUCAUCCGUAAGAGGCACUACCGCAUCGGCCUGAACCUCUUCAACAAGAAGCCUGAGAAGGGAGUCCAGUACCUCAUCGAGCGUGGCUUCGUGCCCGACACACCAGUGGGGGUGGCUCACUUCCUGCUGCAGCGCAAGGGCCUCAGCCGGCAGAUGAUCGGCGAGUUCCUGGGCAACCGGCAGAAGCAGUUCAACCGCGACGUGCUCGAUUGCGUGGUGGACGAGAUGGACUUCUCUGCCAUGGAGCUGGACGAGGCCCUCAGGAAGUUCCAGGCACACAUCCGCGUGCAGGGGGAGGCUCAGAAGGUGGAACGGCUCAUCGAGGCAUUCAGCCAGCGGUACUGCAUCUGCAACCCCGGAGUGGUGAGACAGUUCCGGAACCCAGACACCAUUUUCAUCCUGGCCUUUGCCAUCAUCCUGCUCAACACAGACAUGUACAGCCCCAACGUCAAGCCUGAGCGUAAGAUGAAGCUAGAGGACUUCGUCAAGAACCUCCGAGGUGUGGAUGAUGGUGAGGACAUUCCCCGGGAGAUGCUGAUCGGCAUCUACGAGCGGAUCCGUAAGCGGGAGCUGAAGACCAAUGAGGACCACGUGUCCCAGGUGCAGAAGGUGGAGAAGCUCAUUGUGGGGAAGAAGCCGAUUGGGUCCCUGCAUCACGGGCUUGGCUGUGUACUCUCUCUGCCCCAUCGUCGGCUGGUCUGCUACUGCCGGCUCUUCGAGGUUCCAGACCCAAAUAAGCCCCAGAAGCUUGGACUGCACCAGCGAGAAAUCUUCCUGUUCAAUGACCUCCUGGUGGUCACUAAGAUCUUCCAGAAGAAGAAGAACUCGGUGACGUACAGCUUCCGCCAGUCCUUCUCCUUGUAUGGCAUGCAGGUGCUGCUCUUCGAGAACCAGUACUACCCCAAUGGCAUCCGGCUCACAUCUGCCAUCCCCGGAGCAGACAUCAAAGUGUUGAUAAACUUCAACGCCCCCAAUCCUCAGGACCGGAAGAAGUUCACCGAUGACCUGCGGGAGUCCAUCGCGGAAGUGCAGGAGAUGGAGAAGCACCGGAUCGAGUCGGAGCUUGAGAAGCAGAAGGGUGUUGUGCGGCCCAGCAUGUCCCAGUGCUCCAGCCUCAAAAAGGAGUCAGGCAAUGGGACGCUGAGCCGGGCCUGCCUGGACGACAGCUAUGCCAGCGGCGAGGGCCUCAAGCGCAGCGCCCUCAGCAGCUCCCUGCGGGACCUCUCGGAAGCGGGGAAGCGAGGGCGUCGCAGCAGUGCGGGAUCGCUAGAGAGCAAUGUGGAAGGGUCCAUCAUUAGCAGUCCUCACAUGCGCCGGAGAGCUACAUCAACACGAGAGUGUCCAUCUCGCCCACACCAGACUAUGCCUAAUUCAUCCUCCCUCCUGGGCUCCUUAUUUGGGAGUAAGAAAGGAAAGCCCCCUCCCCAGGCCCACCCUCCCUCGGCCCCACCCCCGCCACCCCCUCACCCGCCAGUCCUGCCCCACCCGCAGCACUCUUCAGCUGGCCAUCACCCGGGGCCCACGGAGGUGCAUGGGCAUCACACCCAAUACUGCCACAUGCAGCAGAACCCACCCCCCUAUCACCACCACCACCACUACCACCCCCCCCAACAUAUCCAGCAUGCUCAUCAGUACCACCAUGGUCCCCAUGGGGGGCAUCCACCCUAUGGGACCCACAUUCACAGCCACCCACCGCUGCCCGCAACCCAUGCCAGCCACCCUGCCCAUGCUGGCCACGCAGUGCACCACCAUGGGCAGCCCCCCGCCCCACCGCCUCCCACGAGCAGCAAGGCCAAACCGAGCGGUAUCAGCACAAUUGUGUAGACAGCCGGGGUGGGGGUCCCAGACCCCCUGAGACAACUGCACACCACACAGGGGCACGCCCAAGGGGCAGCCAGCCUCAGACCAAACCCAGGGCACUUUGGUUUCCAUCUCUCCCCUCUGCCCCUCACAGCCUGGAUGGAGCCUCAUGAGCCCAUAGGCCUCAUGUUUCAUGGAACAGAGAUCCUGAUUUCACUGAGCGUGGGCACCCUGAGCUCCACCCACCUCAGACCGAGGGGUGGGCCUCAGCCACCAUCAGCCUUGACACAGUGCCACCGCCAAGCAGCACUGUUGGACCGCCUCCCACCCCUCCAGCCCUCAGCUCUCUGCUCCCUGAUUUUACAUGCAUAUGAAAACCCAACCUAGGAAAAGAAGAAAUGAGAUAGAGAAAAACAGACAAAACAAAAAAACCCAAACUUGCUGCAUUAUUGCUCUUUUAUUGAUAAUGGGCAAAAAAUUAAGUAGACCUGAUAUGGUUAAUGAAAAUACGUAAGUAAACUUUAUAUAAUAUAAAUAUAUAAAUAUAUAAAUAUAUAUAUAUAUAUACUGUAUAGGUAGUAUUUGUGUGUGAAAGGCAAAUGUUUCAGUCCACAAAUUUAGCAAUAUAGAUCUUAAAGGAACUCCACUUACCUGAUAGUAAGACAGUACCUUAGAUGAGUGUGUGAGAGAGUAGACCAAAAACUUUAAUGCUAGGAACAAAUUCAGAUACUUCCAUAUUUUCAUACAAAGAAGAGAAGUCCCUCUAGGACUGGCUAAAAUCCUUACACAAUCAUUACUAACUGUGCCAAGUAACAUAGCAUCUAACUUUAAAAAACCCAAUAUUGCUUUGUAUAAAUCCUUAUUUUAUUAACAGAAUACUAUCAUAAGUAAUCAGUAUUAUAACUCUGUUAUUUCAGGUAAGCAAAUAGAUAAAAUGCAGUAAACUCUACAGUAGCAACUCAGGAUGACUAGUUAAGAACUGGUUGUCUUAGGAUAUUGGUUACACAGAUUCUUAGACACUUUAUAUGGCUGCGAUAACUGUGAAUCUCCAUGGUCCAUACUUCUUUUAUUGCCUAUGGUUUAACGCACACUCAGAGUCCUCUGCGCGGCACCCACACACGGCAGAGGCGUCCAUCUCUGACAUGAAAACGGCCAGCUCCCAUCCUCGUUCCCCGGGCACCAUAGCCUCCUCACCCCACCUCCCACCGCGGCUGGCAGGGGCCCCGGAGAAUGUCUCCACCCAGGCUGCUCCCAAUCUGCAGGUGGACCUUAGCAUUUAGCAGCCUAGGGCGGUGUGUGUGUUUCUCGUUUGGUUUUCUGAGUGGUAGCAGUGACCGUUGUAAUUCCAUGUAGCCGUGUGCUAGCAGAAUCCCGUGUCAUCACCGUGGCCGUGUGACCCCGGCCGACCAGCGCCUGGCCCCCGCCAGGCGAAGCCCCUGCAUCUAACAUGACUCUCAGCUGUGCUCUCGUUGCUUCUGUGUUGUGGUGACACCGUGCGCUACCCUGCGGCCAGACGCUGCCCGCAUCAGGUCUGUGCCUGCGUCACCCACAGGCCAUACUUUGUAGUUUCAGCCUUUCGAGCCACUGCAGCCACCAGUGCUUUGCUCCUAAGCCGUGGGACUGGAGGACUGCCCCAUGGCACCUGCCCAGGCGGAGAGCCUUUUCAGAAAGGGUGAAGCUAAGGGUGACUGCGGGCCGUGGGGCUCUGCACUCCGUGGACAGCGUGGUGAGUCGGGCUGGAUGGCAGGAAGAGAGUGGCUCCCACUCUGGCACGCGUCACCCUGGCUGGCUGGGGUUCUACGUGUUUCCCUACUCACAUCCCCCUUUGUCAUGUCAUUGAGAUUACCAUACCAGCAAAUCUGCAAACCGAGCACUUUGUCAACCUCCACAGCAAAUACAGCGAUCUAGAGUUUAGCCUUUUAAAAACUGAGUGUGACCCUCACCUGCCCACCUUGGUCUUCCCAUUGGUGCAGCAGCUCUUUGGCAUCUGCUCAGAAAGAGAAAUUAAAAGCAUGGGUGUGUCUGAUUUGGUGCAGGCGGGCUGGUGGGAGGCUACCUGGAUUCAUUUACUCCUAAAUUCUUUGGUUUUCCUUAAAAGUCAGGCUCCCGAGGCACUGUCUGUCUUGCAAUUUAAAGGAUGUUCUGACCCAGAAAAGUCGAAUUGUGCUGCAUGUCAUCGACGUCAGUUGUGUGAGGCUAUACUCAAUGUAUUGUGUAUUUGCAAAACCUAUCAGUGUUACUGUUGACAAAUAGUUGAAGUAAAGUGGCAACAUUGAAUAUGUCGGCUUUUCUUCACUUUCUUCUGUAUCAAGGGUAGAGUCUAACUGUAAACUUUAGGUUGUUCCAGAAAAGAUAUGGGCUGUUUGGUAGAGAAUUGCUCUUUCUGAGGGGGCCUCGCUAAUGAGCAACAAAACAAAAGAAGGAACAGUAAAUCCCAUGGAGGGGCUCUCUCCAUUGCCGUCCUGUGAGCUCCAUGGGCCACUCAGACUCAGCCUCUGACACUGUCCUUGGCUGUCCUGGAGCUGUGUCAGGGACAGCAGUACUGGACCUAGUGCAUGGGGCUUCUGGAACAUACUCGGCUUCUCCCUGCAUUUCCAACUUUAUGCAGUAUUCUGGGUUCAGCCCAAUGAAGUUUCAUGCUUCCAUGUGUUUUAUUUACACACUUAGGGGAGAUGUUUCCAGAAGAUACAUUGUUGGGUUCAGGAGGCUGGAGUCACGCUGCCCAAAUCUUGCUUGGGAAGCAGAAGCUUCUAUUGAGUGGUGUUCCCAUGUUGCUUUCAUGGGGCUGUACCCUGUACAUCCCCACCUGUCAUAGAGCCAUAGCUUUAAGGACCUGUCAUCACGGCCCCAGGAGGGGAGGCAGAAAGAGGCUGAGAGCCCCAGGAAGUCUGUGUCAUCCUUUCUCAUUGUCAGGACACACUGGGGACAUCUCAAGUUGCACAAACUAUCUCUGUUUUAUAUAGAAUUGCUGACAGUAGCAAGAGACCCUUAGGGAAAGCAUCUGGCAAAAUCACAAAAAUCUUUUCUGGGGCAACAAUCAAAUCAUGUAUUUGUAUUAUUUUUUAAGUUGAAUGAAUUGUACAACAAUGUAAAAAUAAAGUUUAUCCGAA